AGGUGGCUAUUUGGGGGCGACUAGCAGGGGUGACGGCAAGCGAGUGCGACGAUCAGAGGGUGACACUGAUUCUGAAACAGUUCGAAGACGAGUGCGAUGCUGGGUAAAGGAAGAAAUAUGGUUUUGCAUCUGUUCGUGGAUUGUAUUUCGCGACAUCUCCAUUCGAUAGAGAAGGGGGUGAGCAGGGCAACAGUGAACCAGACUCUAAAAUACGGCUACGCCGACGCUGAGAAAAGGAGACAUAGGGUUUUCGCAUGUCCUUGUCAAGACAUCAAUAGUGAUACGCGAUGUCUCCUCUCCCACGAUUAUGCCUAGUAGCGUUUCCUCGUCGAUAGUGAAGGUAGCGACAACGACAAUGAACUGGAUCUUGAAAUAGGGUGACAAGAACGCUGUAAAUUGGGGCUGAGCAGGGGAUUGGAAUUUGAAAACGAAGACCGAGUUGGCGCCGGCAUAAGGAUCAGAAACUCAAUCAGAAUUCAUUUUCUCUCGUGAUAGAGCUGCAAUCUCAAUCUUCCAUUCCUAGCAAGUUACUGAAUUCUCGUCCUUUUAACUUCAGCCAUGAAUUGUUGUUCAUGAUCGUUUAUCUGUGCCUCUGUUCUUUCUUCUCGUGUCACAUACCAACUGUUUGCAUCAGCCUUCAGUUUAUGUGGACUUUGUUGGUUCCAGGAUUCUCGAGCAUACUUUUUGAUUCAAUUAAAAUCGUGCAUUAUUGGUGUGGUUAAACAAGUCCAUGCCUAUGAAAAUAAUGGUUGAAAUUCUCAGCCGUCUUGCAAGUUAUUGUGAAUAGUUUUUGUUUUUGUUUAUCACUGUUGAAUACCAAGUGGGAGUGGUGUAGUAGUUCUAUGGGCCUUGACUUCAAGAAAGUUAAAAUGAACAUGGUACAAGCUAUCAUUGAGUUGAAUUCUUUCCCCAUAUGCUAUGGAGACUAAAAAUUUUACAAUGGUUCUCUGCUUUAACUAAAGUUCGCAUAUUGGGCUUCAAUUUGAGUUGUCAUUUCGGUGACCCUGAAACCUUCUAUGUUCAGCCAGUCAAUUCAAUGCCAAUAUAUGGUCAAGUUGUUUUGCUUUAGUGUCUAAACUUCUCUUGUGCACCAUAGUCAAAGACUGGAGAUCUCAAAUGCAUUGCCUACUAAAUAAUAUAUGGGAAAUUGGCAUCAUUCUUAUGCUGCUUAUCUCCUAUUGAGACUCACGAGGAAGCCCCUUACUCGUUAAUUCAUUAGCGUACUUGCUCUGCUAAUAACAUUCAUUAUAUUAAUACUCCCUCUCGUAUUCUAUUUCAGUUUCAUGAAAUUUGACAUUUCUAUAUCCUGCGUUUUAUCUUUCUUCAGUUUUAACCGUAAACUAGCUGGCUGAUUUUUGUUCCCAAAAGCUAUUAGUAGUCCAAAGUUUUACGCCACUACAUCUGUUGUUGUUGUUGUUGUUGUUGUUAUCGUCAUGUUUUCCUUAUAUGGCCUGAUUGAUGUAAGAAUUUAGCUCGGUGAAAGUUGUUUCUUUAGAUCUAUGGAGGACGACUUUGGCUUUGUGUAUCUUGUUGGUAUUGCUGGGCAUGCUUAUAAUCCAUGUUUUAAGAAUUGUUGUUAAAGCCAGACCGGACCAACCGAUAGAACCGCCACCCGCUCUCUAAUUCAGUUUGGUCAGGCUAUUUAACUGUCACGCUCCAAUCUUUCGAUUUGUACGCAAAUCAGCCAGUUGAACCGGGCUAGUCGUUCGAACCGCUCAACAGAUUUUGCCGAUAGGAAACUCGGAAUCCUAUUUGACCAAAUUCAAAAAUUUAAACAAAUGUGAGAGAGCUUAGAUUUGAACCAAUCACCUCGUAGUGAUGACUUGAACCUUCUACCAAUAGGUAUAGUCCGUUUUUUUUUCCACAAAAGCUAACAAAUUGUUAUAUCAAUCAUUACACAAUGUUUAAUUUUGAAAAAUCACAACUUAUACACUUAAAUAAUUUAUAUUUAUGUAAAAUGAUAAUCUUUACUUUUCAUAUAUAAUUUUAUAUUAGGAAAAUAUUAGAAUCAAUAUAUAAUUUUUUUAGAUAAGGGUGAUAUAGGUUAUUUUUUGAAAUUAGGUACUACUGAAGGGAUUCGAACCUGGGACCUCCAGGUUCAAGGCUAGUAGUAUUACCACUAGACCAAUCCUUUGUUCGUUAGAAUCAAUAUAUAAUUAUAGUACUAUUAAUGGUUUCUACUUAUAAUAACCUUUUUUAUUUUAUUUAUUAGACACUGGUUCGUUAACGGGUUUAUAAAGUUUUAGUACCGGUUAAACCAAUAAAGUGCGAACCACUUACUAUACCGGUUUGGUUCUGACAACAUUGGUUUUUAAGGCAUGCUUAUAAUUUUUUUUAUUUUAAUUUUGCAGUUUGUUGAAAUUGUUUUACAAUGAAGACGAAGAGCCAUCACCUUUUUAGCACACAAUGUUCUCCAAGGAAAGUAUUCUCCCUAGUCUCAAGGUUACAGGAAUGUCAAGUAGCGACCAUUAAGAGUUGUGGCGUUGGUUGGACGCUUGAUGUCAAGAGCAGAAUGUUACAACAUGAGUUGUUGGAAGAACUCUUAAGGUGCAUUAAUCUGGAGGAGAGCACAAUGGGGGUGCUAUUCAAACUUUUAUAUUGUACGUAAUGGGGGUGCUAUUAGUACCUACCAGAAGAGAUUAUAUUUCUUUAUCUUUGGCAUAAGCUAUCUCCGUUGUGACGGACAUUCCGAAGAAGAAUUGGGCAUCCUAUCAAUUCAAUGAAUUGGUGAAAUAUAUCUGCAACCAUAAUGCUUCGAGGAGAAAGUAUAUACCUGGUUGCUUGCUAUUUUUGGAGGUAAAUACUUACUUAGUCGUACUUUUUACAUAUUCGUAAUGAUUAGUCAUCAUGUUGAAUAUAUCUUUUUGUUUUGUAUUAAAAUUCUUGGAGCAUGCAAAUGGUAUUUUCCACACCAUUUAUAAAAGUUUACCUUUGAUGAGUUGGGAGAACAAAGACAUAAACUUAUUGUUAAUGAAAAUGGUAAGCGUUAUUAGCUGAGAGUGCAAAAUGGUAUAUUUCAUUCUUUGACAAGUUGGAGCAUGCUAAUUGUAUAUUUGAUUCCCUUUUAAAUUAAUUUAUAGGUUUGAAGCAGUUCGGGAAAAAGAUCAUCCAAGGAUGCCGGUUUGAAAUCACCUCAAGGAAACGACGGGAAACGACACAAAAACGACGAGGAUGAGCUGCUUCUUUGUGAGCAUAUUGAUGCUUGUUUAGUACGAUGGAGACUAGAAUUGAAGACUUCAAUCAAGAAUUUAAAGUUGCAGUGGGUGAUGCUGCUUCUUGAGAUGAACAAAUAAUGAGUCGAGUUAUGAAUAUGGAGAAUGAAUUUCGAGCAUUUAGAGACGAUAUUGGUGUUGCAGUCAAGUCGAUCAUGGAAAUAGUGAAAACAACUAGAGUUGACGCGUUGUCAAGGGAGCAGCCUGCUGAAGUGAAAAAGGAAGAUAAGAAGGAUGAGGCUGUAAAGGUGAAAGCAUCUACAGUUGACUUGUCAACGGAGCAGCCUGCCAGAAGGGAAGAGGACAAUUAGAAGGAUGAUGUUGAAAAACCAAGUGAGCCCAUUUCGCCUACCUCUGAGGCUGAGGCAAAAAUUGGAGAUGGCAUUUCAGAUGACAGUUGUUAUGAAUCUCCUUAUGUCAAAGUUGUGGAAAAGGCUGCUCGCAAGUAGGUGAAAGCGUCUAAAAUCGAGAAAUUCAUACUUUUAUGUGAUGAAAGAGUAGCUGCUACUGAUGGUUGUGCCAAGACUUGGAAGGUAUUACACUUGAUUUAAUUUUCUAAUAUUUUUUUAUUUCUUAUGGUAUGUUACUAAUGGACUGGUUUUGUUUUUGUGUUUUUUAACAAUAAAGGGGCAAAAUCGAGGUGUACUACGUAGUGUUUCUAAAUUGAAGCCUAGCUUGUAUGUAGUCUCCCCAUUCAAACGGGUAAAUCCCAAAGCAAGAAACCCCCAUUUUUGUACCUUGCUCCUCCCUUUACUGUUAGGACACCACUGACUCAAGAGGCACUAAAGAUUAUUCUUUGCAUUUAGUAGCGAGCUUCCUGAAAGGUACCUCUUGAAAUCAUUAUAAGUAAGAUUGGAUCAUAUUUGUAGGAUGUCUUCCUUAUUUGCCUUAUUCUAAUGUCGUAGUGUUUGAACUUGUUCUUGUAUAACAGUGAUGUGUUGGUUAAUCUUGAUGGCGGGGCUCUUCCCUUGGUUCGUAAGGAUUUGGUCCAGCUUUUGCUCCAUAACAAAUUUACAACAACGGUGAGUUCUUUUAUGUGUGUAUUAUUGAGUAGAUUGAACCAGUAAUGAUUACUUUGGUAUAUGUGACGAUGAAGCAUUAGAAUAUCGAAAUGGUGUGUCUGUGCAAGACACUAGAAGAACGAAAGUGUGGUCACAGUGGUGGCUUGUCUUGGUUCUCUCCAACUUCAAUUUCGGGACAGUCGUGUGCUGGACUAUUAUCUUGGCAAGGAAAUAAUCUAUUCGUUUGUUACAUAUAGAUGGUGUGGUUAAGUGUUUUUCCUUUCUAGGAUCAUGUGUUUUAUUGUAACGAUUAGCAAUUUAUGGGUAUCAUGGGUAAAUAUAAGAUACUUGAGCGAUAUCGUAUAAAUGAGCUACUUUGCUAUGAUAAGGUAUGUUGUAAUGUUGUUUUGUAAAAGGAAAUGGAUUAACCCUCUAAUGAUAAUUCGAUAAUUAUUCGUUGUUUGUGCAUUAUUUCAGAUUUAUGUCCCAAUUUUCAACCUAGCGGGGACCCACUUCUAUUUGGCGGUCUUUAUCAUGGAAACCAAAGUAAUUGAAAUCUGGGACUCAAUACCAAGAACUUAAAACAAAGAAUAUUAUGCAAGGAUGCAGAAUUUGGUUUUCUUCUUAUCUUGUUCUUCAAGUUUUUUCAAAGUAGACUUAUGGCUUAGUUGUUAGUUGUUUUUUAUUUGCCGACUUUAUGGUUAAAUAUUGUGUGAGGAGGAGAUGAGCGGGACGUUUUCAAUUGCAGAAACUGGGUCAAGACUUGUUGCUUAAGGAGGAGAUCAGAGGGACAUUUUCGUUUGGCAACUUUGUGGUUAAAUAUCGCAAAGAUAUUGCUUCUCAACCAAAUGGAUACGUUUUUUUUUGUUCACUUGUGCAAUAUUUUAAUUCAAUCAGAUAAUUAUUUGUUCACAUCAUCACCAUGAUAAUUAUUUGCUAUAUUACAAAUUUGAUUGUCGAAAAUUUGUCGUCAAGUACUUGCUGGAUCCAUAUGGAUUUUCCAACAAGCAAUACUCGUUCGAUAGUGACUAUGAACGGGCACAACUUACUAUGUACUUGCUCACUUUACCUUUGAAUGAGGUGAAAGAUAAGGUUCAAACAAGAGCAUAUCAAUAUUUUGAGAAUCACGCGGAAUGUGCCUGAAUUGCGACUAAGAAGGUGAAAUUUAAGAAGAACUUACUAAAUCGAGGACGAAAGCCAUUGCACGGGCAUGGGGAGAAAAAGGGUACAAAGUCUAAGAAGUAUUGAGAGUUGUGCUUAUUUUGUUUAUUGUGUCGACAAUAAAUAAGUUAAUGUAGA